UACGACGUAUUCGUACUACCUCCUCGAAAUCCUGUUGUGCUACCUUUGACGUUUUUGUUUCUUUGUUCACUUCUGACCAGUUCCCCUAAGUAUUCGUUUCAUUGUUUCUUCUAUUCCGUACAUACAUUUGUUGUUGUCAAUUAGUAUUGUCUCAUAAUCGCCUUGUUAUGCUAUGGCCGGUCUAGACCCGCGAUCGUAGCUAAAAUAAUUUAACCCUCGUGGUUACUACUGGGUCCUCAUUUUACAUUACUCUCGCGCAGCUGACAUCGUCUCGUCAACCGCCAACUGAUAUCCGUCACGUUUUGUUGCCAUUCCAAUUUCGACACUACCUAAGAGACUCGAAAUCGAAAUUUGCGCGAACUGUCGGUUUACGAUAUUAGUUUAAGCGACAUCUAAAAUGCCACCCGAUUCGCCGAGAAAUUCCAAAGAUGGCCAAGAUGACAGCGUUGAACGGGCCACGACCGUGUCUACAACCGAGCAGAAUAGUUCUUUAAACAAACGAAUACCGGUUUCCCAGAAUCAGACGCAGGAAGGAGUGGGUGCUGCUCUCGCUUCGAACGUGGCCGCGGUGGACGUCCAGAUGCAGGAAUAUGCGAAUGGAUACCAUUUUCCACCAAAAUACCCCAUAAAAGAACAGAUCCGGAUGGGACUGGUGGACUUUUGGAACUUUUAUAACACUGGUUUCGGCUUCUUCCUCGUCAUCUACUCGCUCAACGUCGUAGCCUGGGGUGGUAUGCUCUUCCUCCUGCUGUGCAAUGCGGCACCGGAGAUGUGUUGGGUCAACGGCACGAAAGACUGCAACCAUAUCGACUCACCGCGCCGAAUAUGGAUAGAAAUAGAUUCACAGAUCCUGAACGCGCUGUUCUGUGUAACUGGCUUCGGCCUAGCACCAUGGCGAUUCCGCGACUGGUAUUACUUGCUACGAUAUCGCAUUCGCGGAGAUCAAAAGGCCCUACGGACGCUCGCAGGAAUUCAUCGCGGCUGGUUUCGUCUUGCAGGCUCCGAUCAACUACCUGCGAAUCUUGGGCCGAAGAAUAUCGAAGAGACGACAGCAAACUACGACGUCAAUAGCGUUCCAUACCCUCUUGAAACGAUAUCAGAUGCUCCGCCGACAGGCCUCAGGGCCCCUCCGACAAAAUUAUGGAAGAUGGAUUUUGUUAUUUACUUCAACGUCGCAAACACGUUCCUACAAUGUGUAUUGUCAGGGUUUAUGUGGGCGUUAAAUAGGUACGACCGUCCCAGCUGGUCGACCGGUCUUUUUGUUUGUCUUGCUUGCAUAGCAUCUGCUACUGCCGGUGUUUUGAUGGGCAUAGAAGGAAAACAUGUCAAGGCUAUCGAGGGAGUCCCCCUGACCAAGAGGGAUAUAGCACGACUAGCUCAAGAUAGGGAGCUAGGCAUUCCUCACUACAACAACAUUAAUGACAAGGACCCCGAAGCGAAGAAGGAAAAAGCAAGGAGUAAGAAGGAGAAGAAAUUAUUUGGGAGAUCCGAGAAGCCUAGCCUCGGCACCGACAAUGAGAGACAGACAUUGUGUGAUUGAAUACCUGAGUAUGGCGUUUAAGCAUGGUUCUAUAGACGGCGGUACACAUCAAUUUUACCCGCGUAUAAUCUUUUAGCAGUACAUGAAUCGAUACCCUC